GCGCGCAAUUCACCACCGAGACAUUCCCGCGCAAACCCUGCCCGGCGCCCUCCACAUCCACCACUCCUGCCUUCACCUUGCCUCAGCGCCACACUCUCCACCUCCUCACCAUGGUCCAGGAAGUCAAGAUGUGGUCCAAGAUGUACGUCCUGAAGAGAGACGGACGCAAGGAACCUGUCAUGUUCGACAAGGUCACGUCCCGAGUGCAGAAGCUGUGUUAUGGCCUCAACAUGGACUUCAUUGACCCGGCCUCCAUCACCCUCAAAGUAAUCAAUGGUAUCUACUGUGGCGUGAAGACAGUGGAGCUGGACAACCUGGCAGCUGAGACGGCAGCCACCAUGACUACCCGCCACCCUGACUACGCUGUGCUGGCUGCCAGAAUUGCCAUCUCCAACCUACAUAAGGAGACCAAGAAGCUGUUCAGUGAGGUGAUGGACAGCCUACGCAACAUGAAGAGUGAGAAGACGGGUAAGAAUAUGCCAAUGAUCAGCGAUAUGCACCAUGCCAUCAUCAUGAAGCAUGCUGACAAGCUCAACUCAGCCAUUGUCUAUGACCGGGAUUUCUCAUACAACUACUUUGGUUUCAAGACUCUAGAGCGGUCAUACCUCCUGAAGAUCAACGGCAAGGUGGUGGAGCGGCCGCAGCACAUGUUGAUGCGAGUGGCGGUUGGCAUCCACGAGGAGGACAUUGAUGCUGCCAUUGAGACCUAUGAGCUGCUGUCUGGGAAGUGGUUCACUCACGCCUCGCCAACGCUCUUCAAUGCUGCCACCUGCCGCCCACAGCUCUCCAGCUGCUUCCUGCUCACCAUGAAAGAUGAUAGCAUAGAGGGCAUCUAUGACACACUGAAGCAUUGUGCCCUCAUCUCAAAGUCUGCUGGUGGCAUCGGGGUCAAUGUUCACUGCAUCCGGGCUAGUGGCAGCUACAUCAGUGGCACCAAUGGCACUUCCAACGGCCUAGUGCCAAUGCUGCGCGUCUACAACAACACAGCUCGCUAUGUGGACCAGGGUGGCAACAAGAGGCCAGGAGCAUUUGCCGUAUACCUGGAGCCAUGGCACGCUGAUGUCUUUGACUUUCUGGAUCUGCGCAAGAAUACAGGCAAAGAGGAGACAAGAGCCAGGGAUCUGUUCUACGCUUUGUGGAUCCCAGAUAUCUUCAUGCGUAGAGUGGAGGCCAAUGAGGAGUGGAGUCUGAUGUGUCCUGCUGAGUGUCCAGGCCUCCAUGACACUUGGGGUGAGAAAUUUGAGGAGCUGUACCUCCGUUAUGAGAAGGAAGGCCGUGCCAAGAGGAAGGUGAAGGCCCAGGCGCUGUGGUAUGCCAUCAUUGAGUCACAGGUGGAGACAGGGACUCCUUACAUGCUGUACAAGGAUUCCUGCAAUCGUAAGAGCAACCAGCAGAACCUGGGAACCAUCAAGUGCUCCAAUCUUUGCACAGAGAUUGUGGAAUACUCCUCCCCUGAUGAGAUUGCAGUGUGUAACUUGGCCUCUAUUGCCCUGAAUAUGUACGUUAACCCCGACAAAACGUACAAUUUCCAGAAGCUGAAGGAAGUGACAAAGGUGGUGACGAGGAACUUGAACAAGAUCAUUGAUGUGAACUACUACCCUGUGGAGGAGGCGAGGCGCUCCAACAUGAGGCACAGACCCAUUGGGAUCGGGGUUCAGGGCCUGGCCGACGCCUUCAUCCUCAUGAGGUAUCCGUUUGAUUCUCCAAAAGCUCAGCUCUUGAACAAGCAUUUUGAGACAAUCUACUAUGGAGCGAUGGAGGCAAGCUGUGAACUGGCCAAGGAAGAGGGACCUUACGAGACCUAUGAAGGCUCUCCUGUCAGCAAAGGGAUCUUCCAGUAUGACAUGUGGAAUGUGACACCAACAGACCUGCAUGACUGGGCCACCCUGAAAGAGAAGGUUGCUAAGUAUGGUGUGCGCAACUCUCUCCUACUGGCACCCAUGCCCACGGCUUCCACUGCCCAGAUCCUUGGCAAUAAUGAGUCCAUCGAGGCAUACACCUCCAACAUCUACAGCAGACGUGUCCUCUCUGGAGAGUUCCAAAUUGUGAAUCACCACCUCCUGCGAGACCUGACAGAACGAGGCCUCUGGGACGACAACAUGAGGAACACACUGGUAGCACACAAUGGCUCCAUCCAGAACAUUGAUGCAAUCCCUGAUGACUUGAAGGCAUUGUACAAGACUGUGUGGGAGAUCUCCCAGAAAAUCAUUCUUCAGAUGGCAGCAGAUCGUGGAGCAUUCAUUGACCAGAGUCAGUCCCUCAACAUUCACAUUGCUCAACCCAAUUAUGGAAAGCUGACAUCAAUGCACUUCCACGCAUGGAAGCUGGGCCUCAAGACUGGCAUGUAUUACCUGCGUACCAAGCCAGCAGCCAACGCCAUCCAGUUCACUGUUGACAAGACCAAAGUGAGCAAGACAGUCAAUGGUGACUCUCACACAAAUGGAACCAACAGUGAAUCCAGCAAAAAUGGAAGCGAUGACGUUACUUCCCAUGAAGCACAGAACAUGGCUGACAUGGUGUGUUCUCUGGAGAACAAGGAGGCUUGCCUCAGCUGUGGCUCAUAGACUUCUUGUCCCUGCCUGUGUGUUUGGUGCUGCAAGAGAGUGAAUGUUAGGUUUUAUGGACACGUGUACAGUUAGUUCUAUACAUUUGAAUGGAAAGAUUCCACUAUCAAAAUGAAAGUAUAUGUAGAAUUUUUAUACCUAGAAUUUCCUCAUCCUGGAAUAAGAUUUUCUGAAUACACUGAUAUAUCCUGUGGGAUCUUUAAUCUGCACUAUGUCAGAGCAUUACAGUAGUACAUAGUUCUUUAGUCUGGUCUCGUUUAACAUGUAGCUUUUAGGUUUUAUCAGUUUGCUAAAUAUUUUUUUUUUUUUCUUUUUUUAGAUGGAUACAUACACAACACACCCUUGCUGUAUUACAUGUAGACAACACAAAUGGUUGAUUAUACAAGUUAUUUAGAUUAUAGUUACAAGCUAUUUUUUAUUACAUUUUGUUAAAAAGGACCAGUUAUAUGUGGCAAUUGAUAUGAGUGAAUUUACAUGAUUGUGCCUAUUAAGGAAAUUGAUAUAUUCACUAUUGUAUAUUGAUACAUAAUUCAAUUUUUUUUAUUUCAACUUUGUAGAAGGUAUUUUCUUUUACCUUUUUACUUGUCUUCCAGGCAAAAUACAGUGACCUAAGAUAGUUUUAAGUGUUGCAUGCAAUACAGCUGAGUGAUGUAUGUAUGAAGGCUGUGCUAUUUUAAAUGUGGACUAUUUUCAUUCGGAAAACAUGAAAAAUGACUUUCCAAAUGAAAUAAUGGUAAUUCCAAAGUUUAGUGUAUUUUAUUUAGUUGUGCAUUCACGCAUGUGCCUUAUGUCACCUUGCACAACACAACCGAGAGCUUACAUAUCACUGCCAUUGUCUAUGCAAGUGUGUUUCCUACUUUGAGUGACUCUAAACUUUAUUGACAAUCCAAGCACUCUAUGUAGGUCUCUGUAUUAUUCAAAAUAUUUAAUUUGUGUAUCAUAAUGGUGCUGUUCAUAAUUGUGGAGAUGGUAUGGAACCAACUCACUUGUAUGUAUAUUUUGUAUGAGCUCCUGUCCUAUAAAGGUAUCUAGGUGGGGCUAGCAAUAUUACAACUACAACAUUCUUAUGCUAAGUGUGCUAGGCAAUGUGCUCAUCUGCUCUGCAUGCAGAAUAGUAUUAAAGGACCAAACAGUCCACUCAUGCUGAUGAGAUCCCCCUAUAUUCCACACCCUUUGUUUUUGUGUUCACAUAACUGGCAGGCAGUGGGACUAUUGUUAUCCCAUGCUGCUAGAACUGAAUAUAUAAUAUAACCUCUGA